AAAUUUAUGAUGAAGACUGCUCAAGGUGGUGGGCAUCGAACACUCCUUUAUGGACAUGCCAUACUGCUGCGUCAUUCCUACAGUGGCAUGUAUUUGUGCUGCCUCUCCACUUCUCGGUCUUCAACUGACAAACUGGCUUUUGAUGUUGGCCUGCAAGAGGACACUACGGGUGAGGCUUGCUGGUGGACAAUACAUCCUGCUUCAAAGCAGCGCUCAGAGGGCGAGAAAGUGCGAGUUGGAGAUGACCUCAUUUUAGUCAGCGUGUCCUCUGAAAGGUAUCUGCACCUGUCUUAUGGUAAUGGCAGCUUGCAUGUGGAUGCCGCCUUCCAACAGACACUGUGGAGUGUGGCCCCAAUCAGCUCAGGAAGUGAAGCCGCCCAAGGAUAUCUCAUUGGUGGUGAUGUCCUCAGGUUGCUGCAUGGACACAUGGAUGAAUGUCUCACUGUCCCCUCAGGAGAACAUGGAGAAGAACAACGAAGAACUGUUCAUUAUGAAGGUGGUGCCGUAUCUGUUCACGCAAGGUCGCUUUGGAGACUAGAGACUCUCAGGGUUGCGUGGAGUGGAAGCCACAUAAGAUGGGGCCAGCCAUUCCGACUUCGCCAUGUCACAACAGGAAAAUAUCUGAGUCUCAUGGAAGACAAAAAUCUUCUCCUCAUGGACAAAGAAAAAGCUGAUGUAAAAUCAACAGCAUUUACAUUCCGAUCUUCCAAGGAAAAAUUGGAUGUAGGAGUGAGAAAAGAAAUUGAUGGCAUGGGAACAUCUGAAAUAAAAUAUGGUGACUCCAUAUGCUACAUACAACAUGUAGAUACAGGCCUGUGGCUUACUUACCAGUCUGUGGAUGUGAAAUCAGUGAGAAUGGGAUCUAUACAACGUAAGGCUAUUAUGCACCAUGAAGGGCACAUGGACGAUGGUUUAAAUUUAUCUAGAUCUCAGCAUGAAGAAUCACGCACAGCGCGAGUUAUCCGGAGCACCGUCUUCCUUUUCAAUAGAUUUAUAAGGGGCCUUGAUUCUCUCAGCAAGAAAGUAAAGGCCUCCUCAGUGGAUUUGCCCAUUGAGUCAGUGAGUCUGAGUUUGCAAGACCUGAUCGGCUACUUCCACCCACCAGAUGAGCACUUGGAGCAUGAGGACAAACAGAACCGACUGAGAGCUCUGAAGAACCGACAGAACCUCUUCCAGGAAGAGGGAAUGAUCAACCUUGUGCUUGAGUGUGUAGACCGAUUGCAUGUCUACAGCAGUGCAGCUCACUUUGCUGAUGUUGCUGGGAGAGAGGCGGGGGAGUCCUGGAAAUCCAUUCUGAAUUCUCUGUAUGAGUUGCUAGCGGCUCUAAUUAGAGGGAAUCGUAAAAACUGUGCUCAGUUUUCUGGCUCCCUUGACUGGCUGAUCAGCAGAUUGGAGAGACUGGAAGCUUCUUCAGGUAUGAUUCCGA